AUGCUUCCUUCAGCGGCAGAGCUUGUCGCACGUUUCCUGAAAACCAACGGAUAUGACGAGACAUUAGCCACUUUCAUCAAGGAGGCCGGUCUGCCUCCGGAGGUUGGUGCCACUUCGAGUCAUGUCACUAUAGAGCAAAUACUGCAUGAAAAGAAGACUUUUGAUCUCAGUCUUAAUUUCGAAAAACUGGGCGUCGAUGAUAGGAAGCGCGGAUGGCGCAAGCCGGCCCCUAAAGAGCCGACGGUUCUGAGCACGCUGCCCACGCGGUCCAACAUUCUUAGCGUUGCCCUGCUAGACUUGAUCCUCCCGACGAACCCCGGCCCGAAGCCAUACUUUGCGGUGACGACGGCGGACCGGCGGCUCCAUUUGAUCGAUCCCAGUACGCCAUCGUUCCCGGUGGCUCAUUCGUAUUCUAGCUUUCAAGAUUCGCCCAUUCUAGAUCUCUUGGUCAUCCAUCACAAGUACUUGCUGGCUGCUUCCAUGUCCGGAACUCUGCUACUCUACCAUACGGAGUCUGACCGAAUCUUGGAAAAAAGAAAGGACCACUCCAAGUACAUCGUCAAGCUAUCCACUUGGUCCGAUGGCACCUCCACCGUCAUCGCUAGCGCCGGUUGGGAUUCCAAAGUCAAUCUCUAUCGUCUAAUCCUCGACGACGGUCCUGACCCUAAACUUGGGGAGCCUUUCGCGGCGAUGACGCUACCGAGCAUCCCGGAGACGCUACUAUUCGUUCGAUCCCCCGACACCUCACGGCCGGUUCUGCUCCUCACUCGACGAGAUUCCGCCUUUCUUUACUACUACGCAGUGCCCUCGCCGACAGUAGAGUCUACGGAAAUCACGCUCCUCGGAAGGCAGAAUUUAGCACCGCAUUCCAAUGCGUGGGUAGCCUUCACGCCAUCAGAUGUCCAGGUUUCCCCUGUGGAUGAUUUGCUGGCUGCUGUGGCAACCUCAUCCAUACCACAUAUGAAGCUCCUAAUUGUGAGGCUUCUCAUACCUCCUGAACAGGUUUCUAGUGAUAUCACGGACCCUGGCCUAGACCCCGAGCCUGCUACGCAAGCCUCACAAGCUCGCGCCGAGCUCUUGGUUCAUGACCGCGAAGAAGCAGCAAUUACUGUCAAUAUCAAUACUAUGGCCCCGCAGACCGCAUACUCGACACCACGGCUCGUUUGGCGGCCGGAUGGUUCCGGAGUCUACGUAAGCUCGGAUGACGGUAUCGUGCGAGGCUUCGAAGCGAGUACCGGAAAAGUUGUUACGGCCUUAGAAGCCCAUGAGCCCGGAUCGAAGCUCCGAUGCCUCUGGGCUGGGAGUGUCAAAGUAGGAUCCAGUAGCGACUCAGAUGGUGCUCGUGAAAACGAGUAUCUCCUCAGCGGUGGAUUUGAUCAGAGGUUGAUUCUGUGGAGUUCCCAUGAGUAG